GGGGGAUCUUUGGGGAGGAAUGGAGAGGAGGAAGUAUCCUAUCAGGGCCGAGGAUUAUCAGCUCCAUGAGAUGGUGGGCAAGGGCGCCAGCGCUACCGUUCAUCGGGCGGUUUGUAUUCCGCUUGAUGAGGUUGUGGCCAUCAAGAUACUUGAUUUUGAGAGGAAUAAUAGUGAUUUGAAUACAAUCUCCCGUGAAGCAAAAACUAUGAUCUUGAUUGACCAUCCUAAUGUUCUUAAGGCACAUUGCUCCUUUGUGCAUGGCCAUGAUUUGUGGGUUGUCAUGCCCUAUAUGGCUGGAGGGUCUUGCCUUCACAUUAUGAAGUCUGCAUUUUCAAGUGGUUUUGAGGAAGUCAUCAUCGCAAGCAUACUACGUGAAGUAUUAAAAGGCCUGGAGUACCUCCAUCAACAUGGAGAAAUACAUCGAGAUAUAAAGGCUGGCAACAUAUUAGUUGAUUCACGUGGUGGGAUAAAGCUUGGAGAUUUUGGAGUUUCUGCUUCCCUUUAUGACUCAGGGGAUCGACAACGCACGAGAAAUACCUUCGUUGGAACACCUUGCUGGAUGGCGCCAGAGGUGCUGGAGCAACUGCGUGGAUAUGACUUCAAGGCGGACAUUUGGUCUUUUGGGAUAACUGCUUUGGAGCUGGCUCAUGGUCAUGCCCCUUUCUCAAAAUAUCCUCCAAUGAAGGUGUUGCUCAUGACCUUGCAGCAUGCUCCACCUUGCCUUGAGGAAGUUAAAAAUAAGAGAUUCUCGAGGUCCUUCAAGCACAUGAUCGCUAUGUGCUUGGUCAAAGAUCCUUCAAAAAGGCCUACUGCCCAAAAGCUAUUGAAGCAGUCAUUUUUCAAGCAAGCCAGAUCCAGUGACUACAUCUCCCGAAAAAUUUUGGAAGGUCUACCUGCUCUAGGUGAUCGCUAUGAAGCACUAAGGGCCAAGGAGGAGGAAUUGCUUGCACAAAAGAAAAUGCCUGAUGAGCAGAAGGAAGAACUAUCUCAGAAUGAAUAUAAAAGAGGCAUCAGCAGCUGGAACUUUGAUAUCGAAGAUUUAAAGGCACAAGCUUCACUGAUUUCUGACAGUGAAGAUAGCCUCCCAGGUAAAUACCUAGAUAGGAGUCCAAGUUCUAUGUUUGAGCUUGUUUCUGUUCAAGAAAAUAUGCCCGAUGACAAUGCAUUGUUUUCCAGAAGUGGUUCCAUUAGUGAUGACAUGGAAAGUGACGUGGUGAUGCCGAAUAAGCUUGCGGCUUUUCCAUCACCUGAUCAAGCCGGAGGCUAUCAGAGAUCUGUCUCUGAUGUGUUUGACAAUGAGUCCAAGGCAUCUAGCUCUGGUGGUGAUCAAUAUCCAACUCUAAAUAGUUUGCAGACAUGUAGCAAUCAUGGCAACUCUGGAUCACCAGACGCCAAUGAGAAAUUUUUUGAAUGUGCACCAACUCAUGCUUGUCAUGAACGGAGAACAUCUUCGGGUUCUUGUUCACCAGGCAUUCCUCCCUUAUCAAAAGCAGAUAGUUUUAAGCAACAAACUCAGGUUCAGAGCAUCUGCAGUGGAGGAGGAUCCCUCGGAGUGAAUGACUCUCCCCAUGAAGCAAUAGCCAAAGCAGUCAAGCCUCCAGGAAAGGUAACCAGUGCGGAAGACCUUGAAGAUAAAUCAAAAGUUCCAGUGGUGCAACAAAAGGGACGUUUCAAAGUGACAUCUGAGAGUGUUGAUAUGGACAAGGCCCUUCCACCUCUUAGCCUUCCAAAAAGUCAUAGUAUGCAGGUGAUUUCUCCACUUCCCACACUGUGUGCAUCAUCGCCAUCUGAUCUUACAUCAAAUAUUCCUAGCUACUCACUUUUUCUGCAGUUGAAUUCUAUUUUGCAGGCAAAUAUUCAGCAAAGGGAUAAUAUUCUUGGUUUGAUGAAGCAAUUGUGUGCCGGUGACUCUUCGGCCAACCAAUCAACUGAAGGAUCAUGUCUAGUAUCACCUGGUGCUGGUGCUGUGACAGAUAAAUUAUCACUGGAAAAUGAAAGGGAGAAAGAUUUAAUUCAAGAGCUUACAGCUCUGCAACUGAGGUAUAUUUGUUUGCAGGAAGAAGUACAAAAACUGAAACCAAGAAAUGCUCAGAUUUGAUGAAGAUUUUUUAUGUAACAUAAAAGUAGGAAAAAUAAUAAAUUAAAACCAAAGGUUAUAGAUUCAAAUUGCCUCAUCUCCUAUGGUUCUUGAAUGUCAUUAGCUUCACUUGGAGAUUAGUAUAUAUAUAUAUAUAUAUAUUACUCAUGUAUAUACGUUUGUGUAUUCUUGAAUUAUUCUCAUAUAAGUGGUGGUGUAUAUUAGUAUUUCCAAGUUUGUCAUUGCUGUAAAUGUGAAACAUUUUGG